AUGGAUGUUGCGGCACCCCAUGGGAGCCCACGCUCGAGUGUGCGCUUUAACCUUGAGAGCGAGCAUGCGCGUGAGCAAUCCAAGGGCCUCGGGGAAAUGGAAAAAAAGACGAGGGCGUUGGAGCGACAGGUGAGGGUGUUGCUAAAAGAGCGCGAAAACCACCUGGAUGCUCUGGAGGAAAUGCACCGAGCGGUCCAGAGCUCGAAUGCGGAGGCUGAACUGCUACGAGAGGAACUUCAAGUAAAAGCUGCUGAAGUGGAAGAGAUUAGAGAAAAGGCCAAAAAAGAAGCUCUGUGGAUCGUAAAGAGCGAGUGGCGUACCAAACUGGAUGGCUUGGCAAGAAGCAACACUCAACUUCUUCACGAAGUGAGGCUUCGAGACAAGAGCCUUGAGGAGCUCCAGCAGAAGUUGUGCGAACUCAGCAAGGCGGAAGACACGGGUGCCCCGUUGCUUGACAGAGUCACACUGCUGACGGCAGAACUCUUGCGUCGGGAAAAGAUAAUGAGUGAAAAGGAUGCCGUGCUUUACGCCUACGAGGCGCGGUUAGAACGGGCGGAGCGGGGAAGCCUUAGUGCGUUGGAGUCACAGUGUCGGGCGGAGAUUCGGGCCAGUGAACUCUCUAAGGAGCGGGAUGUGUAUCUGCGGGCACUCAAGGAAUUGUUUUCUCGAAAUGAAGAGCUCGGAAAAUGUGUAGAGAAAAAAGUUUCCUCUUCUCAAAGUAUGAGCGAAGGUUCAGUGCACACUCCGGAGCUGUCUCCUGAACUGUGCGAGAAGGACGCAGGGACAGAACUUCGCCAUUCGGAGAAGUAUGAGUCUCUGGUGAGUCUUUUCCAAAUUCGCCUUGCAAACAGCGAGGUGUGGAUGAACAUGAAAAGUUUGCUCGUUAAUUGGAUGGCGUUUGUGCUUAAAAAGAAGAUUACUGCACCGCAGAUGGGUAAGAUACGGCACUUCUCCAGUCAAGCAAUUACAUCCUUAACAAGUGAAGCCCUGGAAGGAGACGACAAGGAUAUUUCGUUGAUGGAUAAAGAGGAGGAAGAAGAGACGGGGAUACGAAGAGAAGUGGAAAUCGUCGAAGAACCGAAUGCGGAGCUAAAGGCGACGGAAACCGCAUCGGAAGAACAAAAACAAGAGACUGAAGAAGAGGAAAAUGCACAGAAAAAUGAAGGGCGUGAGGUGUCUAAAGUGGUUAAGGCUCUCGAGCAGCAUCUGGCACUGGAGCCACUGGAGAAAAUAUAUGAUACGACCAAACAGUCGUCCCGCUCAAAUCUGCAUGUUUGCACGAGUGAUUUAGAUUCUUUAUCUCUAGCAAAGAAAAACUCAAACCCCGUGAUCUCCCAAGGUACGGCCGAUCCUUGUUUGGCGCAAGAGGAACCAAUUUCAAGCGGUGUAAGCAUAAUCGAUAAGAAGGAAAGGAAAGCAGAAGUAGAAGAUGCGGAGGAGGCUCUCUCGAGUGCUGUUGAGAGUCUUCAUUCGCUCCAAGACGGAUCGGAGGCGAGUGCUAUUAUUGCAACACUUCUCUCUUUGCAUCGCCAAGGGGUGGGGGUGUGGCGUCGCAGAGCGUUUCUGGUAGAGCAGCAGAUGGAGGAAUGGGGAGCAAAAGUCUCCACUCUAUCAGGUUUGCUUCAGCAACAGAUGCUUCCCUAUAUGUUCGUACUGUACGAAAUUUAUACCACAGCCAUGACAGACAAAAUUAACAUUUUCCUUGAAGAAAACUUCUGCUUAAUGAAUUGUGCCUCCGAUAAAAUGUGCGGGGCAUAUGAGCGCUCUGUUAUGGAAAGCAGUUUUUUUAUCAUGCUGAGGUACUGGGGUAAAUGGCGACUUCACCUUGAGGCUUCCCGAUUGGUUAUGUUGAGGGAAAAGGCGACCCGAACGGUGUCUUCCAUGGCGGAGCAACAUGAGCAGCUGAAGGCCAUCGCCCAACGUGCAAUGAUGCGAAUAAGGGAUUUUGAGGGGCCUUCGGGUCGCAAUGAAGGCGAUGUUGCGGAGAUUUAG